AUGGCGGCCCCUGAAGUAGCCGUUUCGCUGGCCAUAGCCAGACUUCAUGAUCUUCUCCACUGGUACAAAGACGUCAUCGUCUAUCCAAAUUUAACAGAUCAAAUCUCUGACUCCAUAAGUAAUCUCCAGUGGAUCCUGAACACCAGGAUGAACGCCGAGCUCAGCGAUGACUACAGACAAAGGCUUCAGAUUUUGGCUGAUAAAGCUAAGGAAAUGGAAGAAUGCCUUGUUGAAUGGUUCGGAGAUCAGACGCCAAAAUUGCAGAAGGGUUGUUUCGCCAAGGUGUUUGCUUCAGUUCGGCUCUUCUCAGUGACGAACCGAGCUCGCCACUGGGAAGGGAUGGCCAAGGAUUUUAUGACGAGAGUCAAGUCGUUAUCCAGCGAGCUCGCACCAUUCAGUGAAGGGAAUCGAGAAAGAACGAGGCAAAGGAUGGAGUCCGAUAUCGUGGGCCGUGGCGAACAUGUAAAGGUGCUUGUGGACCGGUUGAUUGAUGGCGAGUCCAACCUUCGGGUGAUCUCGGUGGUUGGCAAACAACACUGUGGCAAGACCGCAGUGGUGCUUAUACUAGUUAUAUCACAUGUCACGUGCCUUGGGGCGGAGUCAUACUGGAAGCAGAGCCUCCUGGUGGACAUACUGAAGCAGACAGCGGUCCGAGAUCCGCCAAAAGACUUGGAGCACAAGGACGAGGAGCAGCUGUGUGAGAUGCUUCAUAAAUCGUUGAUGGAGCAGAGGUACUUGAUAGUUUUGGAUAACUGGGGCGAUGCUGAACUCUUCAACGAGCUCUUGAUCCCAUUCGUAGACUCGAUGAACGGAAGCAGAGUAAUUGUCACAACUCGUAAUGCGGAAAUGCACAACGAUGCAGACCCUUGGACGCCUGAUCUCCACUUUCUCCCUGACUUGACCAAUAAAGAGUGCGAGGAUUUGCUGCAUGUAAGCAUCACUGGAGGAGGUAACUCCAUUGAUGACGAUUCACAAUUGAAGAUGACCAUCAAAGAGGAAAUUUUGAGCAAAUGCAAUGGUUCUCCUCCGGCUAUCUCACUGCUAGGAGGACUUUUGUCCACGGUGAAAGUGAGCAAGCAGGCGGCCCUCAUCAAGCAGCUCAAAGAUCGUCCCACCCUAGAAGAUAUCAUGCGCUUGAGCUUCGACGAGUUGCCUAGUAUAAUGAAGCUAUGUGUUCUUUACAUGGCUCUCUAUCCUGAGGAGUCCGAGGUCCCUACAAGGAGGCUUUUCCGGCAAUGGGCUGCUGAGUGGUUAUUGGCAGAGGCUGCUAACGGAAAGCAAAAGAAUUCGGACUUCUUAGGAUAG